AUGCCAGUAAUAGGUGGUAUUUGUAAUAUUGGAGCGACCUUGACCUUUGACCUUCAGGUCAUGGAUGUUCAGACAGCCAGCAGACUGUGCUUUACUCUACAUGGAAGAAUGAAGGGGGCAAAGAGUUUGAAUCCAAUAGCUUGGGUAAACAUUCCAGUGUUUGAUUUCCGGUCUCGACUGUUGGUUGGGGAACACAAGUUAGCCAUGUGGCCUGUCACAGCUGAAUUGCAAUUAGAAGAAACUGGUUGCUAUCCACUAGGAAGUGUGUCAUUGAACCCCCAUAGCACUAUUGCGUUAACUGUGAAAUUCUCUGAAUAUAACAGAAGUCCACCCAUUGUGUUCCCAUCCGAUGAAAAGAUUAAUGAACUAGCUGCAGGGAACAUGGAAAGGCCCGGAACACCAGGCCAUCCUGACUGGCAUCCACCAAAGAAGAUGGUUCGUCAGCUAGAUGAUAUACUGAGCUCGCGGCAGUGGGACUGUCUACAUGAACAAGACAAAGACUUAGUCUGGACUAUGAGAGUGGAGAUACGAGAGAAAAAUGCACAAGCCUUGCCUCUCGUGUUGAAAUCAGUGAAAUGGCAUAAUCAUAUAGAUGUUGCUAAGAUGCAGAUUUUGUUAAAUUCAUGGGGUCAGAAGAUACCUGUAGAUCAUGCUUUAGAAUUGCUAGAUUUUAACUUUCCUGACAAAAAUGUACGAAGAUAUGCCGUGAACUGUUUACAAGAUCUCAGUGAUGAUGAAGUGUCACUUUAUCUACUACAACUUGUUCAAGCUUUAAAGUAUGAAAAUUAUUUGUACUGUCCACUGUCGGAGUUUCUUCUCGAACGUGCACUCAGGAAUCAACAUAUCGGUCAACAACUUUUUUGGCUUCUAAAGUCUGAGCUACAUAACCCAAUUGUUACAGUGAGAUUCGGUUUGCUGUUAGAGACAUAUCUCAAAGCCAGCCCAGACCAUUUGAACGUGUUAUACAAACAGUUUGAUGCCCUCAAUAAACUCAAUGCCCUCAGUCAACUCAUAAAGUCGGAGAAAAUUGAGUCCAAUAAUGAGAAAUCGAUGGAGCAGGCACGUGCAAACAUGAAAAUAAUUUUAGCACAGAAAACCUACCAGGAGAAAUUAUCCCACUUAAAUAGCCCACUUUCACCUUUAUAUAGAGUCAAAGAACUUAACACAGACCAGUAUUUACGACAAGAUAUGUUAACUCUACAAAUGCUUCAAGUUAUGGACAGUAUUUGGCAAGCAGAGAAUUUAGAUCUAAGGAUAAAUGCAUACGGGUGUAUAGCAACAGGGUUUGAACAGGGUAUGAUAGAGGUUGUACGACGAUCAGCUACUCUGGCUGAAAUACAGAAACAAGGAGGAGCUUUUGACAAGAAGACACUUUAUGAAUGGUUAAAGGAUAAAAACAAGACAGAAUCCGA